AUGGCUCGCAAUGAAAGCUUGGUAACUGAUCCAAAUUUAAUGAGCAUUUGGUAUCAUGAUCACAAAGUUUCGAUUGAUACCAUGCGUCAAAUGAAGAAGCAUCUUUAUAAGAACUUUUCUUAUUCGCGUGUUUUUAGCAAAAAAGAAAACUUACUGGAUUACCUUGGUAAUAAGCUCGUAAUUAAACGUACAGUUCUUAUCUUGAGUAUGAAAAAUAAGAAGGAAGCAGAAUCCAUAGCUAAGCUUGUCAAAAAUCGUGGCCAACGCCUCGACUUAUGUCUACUACCACGUGAGUUGCAUGUCGGCUUCUCCUCUGCAAAUAUUGAUUCUGCCCAUUCACAUAUCGAGAAAAGCUUCAAUAGUAUUGUCGAGGAGCUACUCAAACAAACUGCACCCGCGUCACCAACUGCUGUAACUCUGGCGGAAGAAGAGAAAACUAUCAAAGAGGAGGCAGUACGUUUUGAUAGUUUCAAUACGGUUCCUAAAGAUAGCUGGCUAUAUGAUUUGAAUAUCGAGUCCCUGAAAUUCCUUCUGUUUCAAUCAUUAAUUGAAAUACUCAUAAGAAAGGAAUAUGACGAAAAUUCUUUUCAACACAUGUGGCGCAUUUUCCGAGAAGAUUAUGCAAAUGAUCCUGUAGAAAUCAAUAGGAUUCAGCAAUAUGCAGAGACCUAUGAACCACACAUGGCUAUUUACUAUUACACUCAAAACUCAUGUCUUUUUCGACUCAUUAGUAAAGCUUUUCGAAUGGAGGAUGUUGAACGUCUCUAUCGGUUUGGUUGCUAUCUAUCCGAUCUACAUGAACAAUUAGAACAGACAGAAAAUAACCAAAGAUUAUUAAACCAAAUCGAAGGUAUCAUGGUGCUUUACCGCGGUAAAAGAAUCUCAAUGUGUGUUUUACAACAAUUGAAAGAUAGCAUAGGACAUGUUAUUGCAUUAAAUGGACUGCUUUCAACAAGCACAAGCUAUAAUAUCGCCAGGAUAUAUGCAGGAGAUGGGGUAGCUCAAGGUAAUUACCAAAGUGCCAUAUUUGAGAUACAUGUCGAUUUCAAAACAAUGCAAUUAAUCAGACCAUAUGCAGACGUUACUGAGCUUAGUGCGAUGCCUGACGAAAAUGAAGUUCUAUUUUUCACAGGUUUUGUUUGGAGAGUAGAAUCCAUGAAUUUUGAGAGGAAUUAUUGGAAAAUUAAGCUUCAAUCAUGCACAGAUGAAGAUAAUGACCUGAUAAAGCAUAUUAAAGAGACAAGACGGAACUGUUCCUACUUAACUGUGGGAAAAUUUUUGACAGAGCUCGGUGAUCAUGCUCAAGCAAGUAACUUUUAUGAACGUAUGCUGACGGAUGAAAAGCUUACUGAUGAAAUUCGUUGUGACAUCCUUGUACAUCAGGCCAUGUUAGCCGAAGACCAAGGUGACUAUUUGAAGGCCCUAAAAUAUUUAAAAGAAGUAGAGAGAUUGGUCAAACUUGAAACAGCGUCGAAUCUCAAUCAGCCAUUACGACUACGACCACUUUUCGCGCACAAAAAUAUCACUUCUAAAUUGCACAUUUUUUAUAAUAUGGGUGUCUUGUAUUGGAAAGAUGCGAACUCUAAAUUAGCUCGACAAUAUUUUGAAGCGGCUCUUCAACAAAAAGGAUCCGACGACGAACUAGCAACCGUGCUGAAUAGUUAUGGCCGAUUCGAAUUCGGACUUGGAAACAUUGAACAAGCUCAUAAUUAUUUACAGCAAGCAGUGCAAGUCGCUAAAGACGACGAUCUUUUAUCUGAUUGCACCAUCAAUCUAAGCAUGAUCCGGAGACACGUGUAA